AUGUAUUUCAGAGAUUUCAUUGUACGACGUGCAAAACGCUCUGAAGAAGAAGCCAUUAAAUCAUUAACUAGUUAUAUGAAUUCACUGGAUCGGUCUUUAUUCUUAGCUGAUUUAAAUGCAUUCAUACAUGAUGGUAAACAUAAAGAUGGAACUCUAAUUUCAUGUUAUGUUGCUGUUGCUUUGGGCAAAGUUGUUGGUGUAGCGAUCUUACGCGAUGAAAAUAACAUAGAAUGGCUUCGAACUCAUUUUAACAUUGAAGAUUUUAUAUACUAUACACAUCAUGCUAGAAAUGAGCAUGUUUGCUUGUAUCAUUUUCUGCUGGCUGCCAAUUUCCAUUCGCAUACAUCAAUGUUUCUACGGGAAAUUCUGCGUCAAUCACGUAAAACAUGCAUUUACUAUCGUGUACCACCGCCAUAUGUAUAUGAGUCAUUCUAUGUUGAUACAACACUGAUAACUUGCCUAUCGAAAUUAACUCCUGUCAGUCCAAGAAGACAAAUUAAAUAUCCAAAAGCCUUAUUAAAUGAUAUAAAAGCACCAGAGAAAAGAGUUUUAGAAGAGGUGAAUUCAAUACCAGCCUUAUUUAUGACAACAGCAAAACUAUUAAUGGAACCGAAAGAAAUAAUCAAUGCUAGAAUAAUUGUCGUCGGUGCAUCAACAACCGGCUUAGCAGUACUUGAAACAUUAGCCACAUGUCCAUACAUUCGAUUCACGAAUCUAGUCCUGUUAUCUCCACAUGGACUUCCUGGAGAUACUCUGGAGAAAAUAGAUCCGCUGGCUUUCAAAUUUCUACCUUCAGAGUAA